CCAUUAAUCAGCCCCAAACCACAGUUCGACCAGCCGGUAUCGUACGCGAUGCGACUUGGCGUGUAAGUCACAGCCAACCCCCUGCGGUUCAAUUUCAGUAACGAGAAAAGAAGAUUUGGUUUUAAGCAGCUCGGCUUGAACGGUCAAUAGCAAGUAGCAGCUGCUCUGCUCUCCCGCCAUUGUCCACACGCCUGAGAAUGGCUUCAAUCUUCACUCUUCCACGCCCAACUCCUUCUCCUUACUUUCCAAAAUAUCACCAGGUGUUUCAUUGCUCUGUAAUGCAAAGCCCAUUGCUUAAAGGUUGGAAGCAUGGGUUUUCCCGAAAGGAGACGUUCAAGACCUUUACUUCAAUAACUUCCAUAGAGCGGAGGAGAAGGAGGAGAACUUUGAUCUGUGCAGUCAACCAAGAUGCUGAGAAAGCUUUCAAAAAGACUGUAGAAGUGGACAGACUCAUUGAUAUGCUGAGGGAGGCAAAUCCAGAGGAACUUCAGAAACUAGUUGUUGAAAAUAUCCUUGCUUUCAAUGAGAGCUUCUGGAUACGAAUUGCUGCAAGAAGUGAUACCUGCAAAUCAGAUGAUGAUAAAAAAGAUUAUGAGGAAUUGGCUACUGCUGUAAUGAGCAUAGUGGAUCGCAUUGUUCAUAAGACCCAUGAAAAGAUUGAUUCAGCAACUGAUGUUCUCAAGGAGAUCUUGAAACCUGUAGUCACUGAGGAGGAAGAGAUUCCUUGGCCCCCUAAGGAUCCCGAUGCUCUCAAACAAAUGGAGAAACAAAUGUUUCAAAUGGAGCAAGAAGGGAAACUAGAUGAAGGUUUCCUUUCAGAAGUCAGUGCACAAUUACGACAAUCAAAAGAAGAUGGUGAUAAGCCAGGCCUCGAAGCUAUGUUGCAAAAGGUUCUGCAACUCUAUGCUUCUAUAGUUCUCUUAAAACGUAGUUAUGCAAAGAAAGGGAAUGAAGUGUUGAAAGCUGAGCAGUUUCUUGAAACUGUGAUAAAAGCUCCUGAGCAGCAGUGGAAUAAGCUUUUGAUUGAUGGGUUAACUGUUGGUAAAGGAGAAAUUUCUCCAGAAGAAUUUUAUGCUGUAAUCAAGAAACGGAUUGAGCGGACUUUAAUCCGAACUGUAAGAGGCACCCUUUGCCUUGAAUUUCUAUUGGCUGUAGAUUCAACUCUUUUCUCUUUUCAACCCCUCCUUUUUAUUCUCCCUAUUUCUGUUUCUUGUUUUCUCUCUCGCUCUCAGGAGGGAGGCUCUUACCAGCAACGUAUUCUCACUGAAUAUUUGAAAGGAAUCGAAUCGAGAGCAGAGGAGAUUGUCCAGUUUCUUCAGGGCAAUGCAGAAUAGGUGCCUCAACAGUGAAAAUGACUCCAGGCACGACGUGUUUUCAGCAUGCAAAAUGUGAAGUAGGUCUGUCCUUAAUGAAGAGAAGGAAAAUUUUCCAGAUUUGGAGCCAUCAAAUGCAUAUUUUGUGAGCGAUCCUGUUCCACGAGCAAAUAAACUAAGGAGUAUCCCACAGUACCUGGCCAUCUUUCUCCCCACUAGGUUCCUUCGCAAAUGCCCAUAUCUUUUUCUUCAAUUUUGGUCCGUGGGCAUGUAAUUAAGUCUCAAAAUCAUGACUCCGACUGAAUCACCGUAAUUAGGUACUGGUAUGGACUGCCCAUGCUUGCCUUUUUCCAUUUUCAUUGUUUAUUCCUUUUAUUGUAUAGGCAAAAUAAAUAAUCUAUAAAGUCUCUACAUUUUGACUUGAGAAUAGCUUGUUUACAUUUUUUUAAUAA